CGAAAUCUCUCUCGUUUUCAUCAAAUCAACAUUAAAAUUUUUAAGAUGCUGCAAGACCCAAUUGGGAUUCCAGCUUGUUUCUCAGCCGCCGCCGGUGAAGAUCAUUCACAAGCUGUUACAAGGUCCGGUCAGACCCUUUUCCGGUCCGUUUACAAGACUAAGAUCGGUGGUGACUGCCGUUGCAUCACCGUAACUUGGUUUAAACACCUGUUGCUUCAUGGUUUAUCGGUGUCUUUCGAUGGAGCUGAGUCGCCGGAGGCUGACAACACCUGUAAGGUGGAGCUAAAGCCAUGGUGCUUCUGGCGAAAGCAAGGGUCCAAAAGGUUCAGCCUCGAUGGUAAGGCGCUAGAUGUUUUUUGGGACCUCAAAGCUGCCAAAUUUCACGGCGAGACUGAGCCGAGCUCCGAGUAUUACGUGGCGGUGGUCUGUGAUCAAGAAGUGGUGCUUCUGCUCGGUGAUUUGAAGAAAGAUGCUUACAGAAAAACAGGUUGCAGGCCAGCUUUGAUUGAUCCCAUUUUGUUGUCAAGAAAAGAACAUGUUUUUGGUAAGAAAAAGUUCUCCACAAGAUUGAAGCUCCAUGAAAAAGGACGAUUUCAUGAGAUUUCGAUUGAAUGUAAGAACAGAGGCGGCGGCGGAGAUGGGGUUGAUCCGGCGAUGGAGAUAAGAAUAGAUGGACAUGUGAUGAUUCAUGUGAAGCACCUUCAAUGGAAGUUUAGAGGUAACGAAACUAUUCAUUUCAGCAAAGUCAAGGUUGAAGUUUAUUGGGAUGUUCAUGAUUGGCUUUUUAGUCCUGGUUUAAGACAUGCACUGUUUAUCUUUAAACUCACCGUUCCGGCGACAUCUCCGGCGAUAUCAGCACCGUCUUCACCAUUGUCACAGCCGUCAAGGAGCUCUGGUUCAGUUGACGACUUUGAUCCAAAUGGGUCACAUGAGUUUUGCCUUUUUCUAUAUGCCUGGAAAGUUGAAUGACAUCAUAUGUACCAAUUCUGGUCAAAAUUCAAAGAUGAUCCAGGUGUAUUUACGUACGUCUGAACAGAUAAGACUAAUUGUUAUAUAUAUUAGACGUCAUCUUAUAAUUUCUUAUGUAAUAGUAAUACGAGAAUAUUUGUGUUCAUAUAGCUAUUUGUACAUUUGAAAUACAAAAAACCCAAGUACAGUAUAAUUGUGCCAAUGUAGUUGCGUUGU